UCGUGGUUGCGCGAAUUCUACUUGUUGCUCGGAAGCACGAAUCGUGGUCGGCAUCGGCAUUUUUCCAAGCUUUCAACAGGCUUAUACAAGUUCUCGAAUACGACAAAAUGGCCAACUAUCAUAAGCCGGAAUCGAAAACCAUUCAGGAAUUGAAGGAUAUCGCGACAAAGUUAAGAAUUCAUUCGAUUGAAGCGACGCAAGCCAGUAAAUCGGGUCACCCGACAACAUGCUCGUCAAUGGCAGAAAUAAUGUCGGUUUUAUUCUUUCACACGAUGCGUUACAAAGUAUCGGCACCACGCGAUCCAAGCAGCGACCGAUUCGUUCUGAGCAAAGGUCACGCAGCUCCUAUCCUUUACGCAGCAUGGGCCGAAGCCGGUCUUUUCCCAACGAGUGAGUUGCUAAAUUUGAGGAAAAUUGAUAGCGAUCUGGAGGGACAUCCGACUCCGAGAUUGAAUUUCAUCGAUGUGGGAACUGGCUCUUUGGGUCAGGGUCUUUCCGUGGCGGCGGGAAUGGCCUAUGUUGGAAAGAAUUUCGAUAAAUCCAAUUAUCGCGUGUACUGUUUAAUCGGCGAUGGCGAGUCGGCGGAAGGUUCGAUUUGGGAGGCUCUUCAUUUCUGUUCCUAUUACAAGUUGGACAAUCUCUGUGCCAUUUUCGAUAUAAAUCGUUUAGGUCAGAGCGAGCCAACAUCUCUCCAGCACAACAUGGAAAUUUACCGCAAGAGGCUCGAAGCUUUUGGCUUUAAUGCUUUGGUUGUUGAUGGUCACGAUGUUGAAGAAUUGGCCAAGGCUUUCCACGAAGCACAAAACACAAAAGGACGUCCUACUGCUAUUCUAGCGAAAACGUUCAAGGGAAAAUAUUUCCCCAAUAUUGAGGAUCGCGAGAACUGGCAUGGCAAACCACUUGGCACCAAUGCUAACGAAGUGAUUCAACAUCUAAAUGGAAUGUUGAAGAAUUCUGGUCCUCUUGGAUUGCAUCCUCAGAAACCGUUGGUCGACGAUGCACCAGUGGUAGACAUUACCAAUAUUAAGCUGGCCUCGCCUCCGAGUUACAAAAUAGGGGAACAAGUAGCGACAAGAUUGGCUUAUGGUACCGCUUUGGCUAAGCUGGCGAAGAAUAAUUCUCGCGUGAUUGCCCUCGACGGUGAUACGAAAAACUCUACGUACGCAGAGAAAAUUAAGGCCGUUGAUCCAACGAAAUUCAUCGAAUGCUUCAUCGCUGAACAAAACCUUGUAGGAGUUGCCACAGGUGCGGCAUGCAGAGACAGAGCGGUGACGUUUGUGUCUGCCUUUGCUACUUUCUUCACCCGUGCAUAUGAUCAGAUUCGUAUGGGUGCUAUUUCACAAACUAAUGUAAACUUCGUGGGAUCUCACUGUGGCGUAUCUAUCGGCGAGGACGGCCCCUCGCAAAUGGGUCUGGAGGAUAUUGCAAUGUUCCGGACGAUUCCUGGUAGUACCGUUUUCUAUCCCAGCGAUGCUGUUUCAACGGAACGUGCCAUCGAAUUGGCAGCCAACACAAAGGGUAUCUGUUUCAUCCGUACGUCGCGCCCGGCCACGGCAAUCUUGUACAAGAACGAGGAACCGUUUGUUAUCGGCAAAGGUAAAGUGGUGAAAUCGACCGCCAAAGAUCAAGUUCUCAUCGUUGGAGCUGGCGUGACUCUCCACGAAGCACUCAAAGCCGCCAACGAAUUGUCCAAAGUCGGGGUAAACGUACGAGUGAUCGAUCCAUUCACGAUCAAACCUCUGGACGCUCAACUGAUUGUGCAUAACGCUAAAGAAGUGGGUGGAAAGGUUAUCACCGUCGAGGAUCACUAUCCCGAGGGUGGUCUUGGUGACGCAGUCUUGUCGGCGGUUGCUCUGGAACGAAACAUUCUAGUUAAAAAGUUGGCUGUGACGGAAGUGCCCCGUUCUGGCCCCCCGUCCGUGCUAUUGGAGAAGUAUGGAAUCAGCGCGAGCAAGAUCGUCGCCGCCGUUAAUGAAGUUUUGAAGUUGUAAUAUCCAAUGAUUUUUUACUACAAUGUUGCCGAUAUUCUUGUGAAAGUAGAUACGCUGAGCGUAUCGCCAUAUCAAAAUUUCUACGAAUGUAAUUGUAUUUCAACGGGUACAACGAAGGCCAUUGCAUUUCGUCUCGUGCAUUAAAAGAUUUCUAAUUUCGUUUAUGGAUAAUCCACUAUCCAACAGAGGUGCUAACGCCUAGGAAGGUUUCUCAUUGCACAAAUAGUUUGUAUAGGAAAUUGUUGAACUCGAAUCUGUAUCGAACUUUUAUACAUUGAAAUUUUAUUUUGUAAGAGGAUUUGAUACGUACGAUGUUUAUAGAUUAAGAGUUAUCAAUACUGCCCGUAACAAAUACACUUCAGAGUAAACUUUUACAAAACGUACUGUUAAUCAACUAUUCCGUAACCUACCUCAAACGUACAAUACAAUAUGUGUUAGUUGGUGGUAAUAAACUGAUAUAAAUAAUAAAAUUGUAAUAAAAAGGA